CAGAGAAGAAAACUCGCACGUUAUACGAGACGGCAAAUGGCCGCCAUCGGUUACACUCCUCAGUGCAGCAGCAGUGUCCGCCGACGCGAGUUCGAGCCACAUCCUACUCCCGUUUGUUACAUUAGUAGUGCACAACACUCGCGGCAUCAUCCCCAUACGCGCGAAUAUAUAUAUAUAUAUAUAUAUAUAAAUUUUCUCGUACUUGCAUCGUGUGUUUGUGUCACAGUGCAUUAGGACGCCGAUUACACGUAUAGGUAUCCUGGAGGUCCAGGAGUCAGUGCGCGUGUGAGGUGAAAGAGCAAGAGGGAGAGAGAGAGAGAGAAACGACGAUAUGCCCCGGGGCUUCGCGACGAGGAGGUAGCCGCAGGAUGAGUCCGGCCACCGGGACGACGCUGCUGGUAAGCAGCAGCGACGGCGGUGUUUCAGCCCAGGGUAAUAACCUGCUCGACGUCGAUCAGAGCGUCGUCAAGUCCGUCUCCGAGGGUGAGUUGGGCGUUGAGCAGGAGAGCUAUAACCAGGACACCCAAACAAUGAGCAGUGCUGUGGGAGUAGUGCAGAGUAACAAUGCUACGACUACUCUGGAGGUGAGAUCUGGUGAUGGUGAUGAUGCUCAAGGAUGUGUUGCAUUCGAUAUUGACUGGAAUAUGUCCUUGUACGGUUAAUAGGAAUUAAUUCAUCUGCAAGAAAAAGCAAUCUGAAAAGAGCCUUCACAUUACCUUUACAUAUGUUGCAAUCGUCCAAGAGACGACCUAAGCACCUAAGCCAACGAGAGCUGAUAAAGGACACAGAGCAGCCUAUCAUGGACCAGGGUAGGCUAUCCGCAGGGAGUAAGAGACCCUCCUGGACCAAGCAAAUUAUUAAGGCAUGCAAGAAGUUCGUGAACAUCAAUACCCAGGGCCACAAGGGUGCCAGUAGAGACGACAUUGGAUCCAGUGCGGGUGACAUAAGGGUACCGCCAAGCAGGCCACCCAAUAUACCUCCAGACCGAGUUCCCGGUGUCAUUGGCCUGAGGAACCAUGGCAAUACGUGCUUCAUGAACGCAGUGUUACAGUGUUUGUCCCACACGGACCGUUUGGCCAAGUACUUUGUGAUGGACACUUACAAGGAUGAUCUGUCGAAAAAUAAAAAGUUAAACUCCAAGAAGUUUGGCACCAAGGGAGAGAUAACGGAACAGCUUGCUCUGUUGCUGAAGGCAAUAUGGAGCUGUCAGUAUGACCCCGAGAUGAGCACUGCCUUUAAGAGUGUCGUGGACAAGUAUGGAAGCCAGUACCGGGGCAAUCUGCAGCACGACGCCCAAGAAUUCUUACUGUGGCUGCUGGACAAAGUACACGAGGACCUCAAUCAAGCGACCAACAAAAAGUACAAGAUCAUAAAGAAUUCGUUCGGCCAGCCGGAAUCGGUGGCGGAGGAAACCUUCGCGAAUCACGUGCGCUGCAACAAGUCUUUCGUGCACGAGGUCUUCCAGGCGCAGUUUCGCUCGAGCCUGACCUGUCCGCGCUGCCAGAUGCAGUCCAACACGUUCGACCCGUUCCUCUGCGUCUCGGUGCCGGUGCCCCAGAGCCAGCGCCAGAUGAGCCUCUUCGUCAACGUGCUCUACACCUCGCAGCAGCCUCGACAGGUUCGCAUCGGUGUCAGCGUCAACCAGUCGGCCAACGUCAAGGAGCUCAGGGAGAUACUGGCCAGCGAUACGCGCGUGGACGAGAACCACAUGCUGCUGACCGAAGUUCACGACGAGGGCUUUCAUAGAACGUUCUCGGACUGCCAGCCGCUGUCGGUGAUAACGGAGAACGACCCGCUCUACUGCAUCGAGCUGCCACAGUUGAAAGAGCCCACGGAGCAAGCCUACAUACUCCUGGUCUGGAUCAACGUGUUGGUCAAGGGUGACCUGCGCGAGCGCUUCGGCAGCCCUUACACGAUGCAGGUGUCCCGCGAGACGUCGUACGAGGACCUGCAGAAGCUGCUGCUCAAAGAGAUGCACGCUACCCUCGCCGACGACGUGCUGACAUCCUCCCAGAGCCCUGGGCUCUUCAACAUCCGAGUGGCUGACCCCGCGGCAACUCCCGUUCAGGAUGAGCAUCCGUGCAUCGACCCGUGCGUCGAACAUCCUCUGUAUACCGAGCAGAUCGAGCAGGCGUUAGCUCUCUGCGCGGAUGACUCUGGACCGCAGCACGUGAAGCUCAUCCUGGAGUGGGACGAGGCUACCAAGUGUAAUAUCAUCCAGGAUGACACCGAUCAGAUCGAGGAGCACGCGAGCGUUAAGCAGUUGAAGAGCACCUCGGAGUUUGGCGGUACAGUGACCCUGGAAGAGUGCUUCGACCUGUACACCAGAGCAGAAACCCUGGGCGUCGAGGAUGCCUGGCACUGUCCACACUGCAACAGAAAACAAGAAGUCGUGAAGAAGCUUGGCCUCUGGUCGCUACCCGCCAUUCUGGUGAUACACUUGAAGAGGUUCAGACAACAAUCAAAACAACGCUCGACGUCCAAACUGACCAUGUUGGUGGAUUUUCCUCUCUACGGGUUCGACAUGACGCCUCAUCUGGCCCGCAACGGUGUCCAGGCGCAGCAGCUCUCGCAGGUGACGACGACGACGGUUGGCAUUGGCUGGCCCACCUUUAAAAAGCAUACAUCCAAGCAGCAACCCGUUACCAAUUACGAUAAUAACGUGUAUGACCUCUAUGCCAUCUGCAACCACCACGGACAGGAUCUGCAGGGUGGACACUACACAGCGUUUUGCCGUAAUCCCUACGACAGCCAGUGGUACUCUUUCGACGACACGCGAGUCGAAGCGGUUAACGACACGAAUCUAGUGACGAACGCAGCCUAUAUACUGUUCUACCAGAAGCGCGGUUUAACGAACAACCCCUCUUCCGGUAACUCGUCAGCGGCCUCGACGUCAUCCGCUGGUUCUGGCAUCGACCACUGGGUCUCCAAGAUGCCGCCUUUCUAUUUCAAUAAGAACGGCUCGACUGCCACCGUCUCGGCCCCCGCAAACAACGGCAAUAACAAUAACAACAAUAACAACAUGAGCAACAAGCAGAGCAAGUCGCAGGAAGCGCUGAACCAGGAGAGGGUCAUCGAGGAGAAGAACUUGAACAAUUUCAACAGAGGUGGCAGGAACUAUUCGACCUUGCAGCCAGUAAAACGCAACGCUACGGCGGACCUAGAAGAUGUGGACGUGACUGCGUUAAAUUCAGUGGUAGGUGACGAGUAUGAGGACGAAGAAACUCCUACUAGGAUCGAAUGGACAUCGCCGAAGCCGCUGAGAAAAACGUCUUCGAUCACGUUGACGCCCCACGUGAGCGUGUCGUCGUCGCCGCCUGCGAUAAUCCAGAACGGCACGCUGAGCAGCAGCGAUCAAGAGUCUGCUGUGAUCCACGAAUCGACGUUGUAACGCACGAUCUAAGGCCACGAGCGGCCGUGGCUGUGGUGGUGGUAUAACGGCGGCGGCAACAGCAGCAGCAGCUACAGCGACGACGGCGAGUCGCGGCUCGAUAUUUACAGUGCCUGGAUUCAGCGUGUCAUGUGUCUGUGCAUGCGACCACGACGACAAGCGCGACCGCUACGUAGACGACAGUUGUUUCGCGAGGACGAUUACACAUCUUCUACCGUAGUCUAAGCUCUAUUAUUCUUUCUCUAUCUCUCGCAUCUUAAAGGGGACGAGAUGCCGCUUCACCGAUGUAGUUUCGCGACGGUUUGAAAAGUAAACUCGUACCUGGUACAAGCGUCGGUAAUGCUUGUUUCGAAUCGGUUAUUUUUGUUAAGACGAUGUGCUAGUUACAAGAAACUGGCGACUUGAUAAAAAAACCCGUUUCAUGAAAACCACUACCGCGGAUUCGUAAUUUUAAAGGAAUAAUUGUGCUUGUUUCUCGAAAAUUCGUUUUUAAGUAUUGAUACGGAGAAAGAUGUCGAUUUCAAAUAAUGUCUUAUAUGUGAUAGUACUGAAAAACAUUCGAUUUUCUGUGUCUGAUAGUCCGGUCGAUAAAGUGGUAUUCUUGCGUCCCCGUUACAAGCAUGAAAAAUAAACAAAAGAUACUUUAGCGCGGCUAGAAAUAUGUAUUCAACUUUCGACUGGUUUCGCUGAUUUGUAUACAAAUACUCUUUCGUAAAAUGUAUAAAGACAAAAACGUAAUACGGAAUUACGAAGACAAAACUGUGCGAUAAGACAACAAAUCGAACAUACAACGAGAGAUCUCAAGAAUUUAACGUUUUUUUCGAUUUUGUUAUCAAUUAUCGAUUUCGAGUUCCACACGAGUAGUAGGUCGAUAGUUGAAAAGCCUGUCUUUGAAAGAUAUAGAAUUAUAUUCGAGGUAUUAAUUAUUACUGUAUUUAUAGCAUAUUUGUAUGAUGUAUGCGUGAAGUCUGCGUAUAUUAGUUAAUGUAAGAUAAAAUGAACGUAGGAAUAAGAAAAAAAAACGAUAAAUGAAAAUAUAUAGUUCGUAAGUUAUUUUCUGAGAGAAAGAUGUGUUGUCCAAGAGUUUAUACGUGUGGUAAAAAAGAGGCAUUGUGAACCUUCUCGUUAAUCAUUUAUCAUUUGUAUAAGCAUAUACAUACAGAAAAAUACAUUUAAAACGCGUUCGAUACAGUCGUCGACUGACGGAAUUGAUGAGUGGGAACCUAUCACGUGACUCGAAUGCAAUUGAUUUUUCCUUAGUUUAUUAUUGAGUACAAAUAAAAAAGUAGCAAUUUUGUAAAAAAAAAUGAGAGAAAAGUAAGCUAGCGACAAUAAGAAAAUUUUGUAUCGUAUGGAUAUGUUUGAAUGUUGAAUGUGCGUGGAAUUUUUUAAAAGUUGGACGAUUUUUAAUGAUAACCGUUAUUGUCGAGGUUCCCACCGAGAAAACUCUGUCUGCCGACGAUUGCCGAGCCUUCGCUUAGAGGUAAUAUUUAUAUUGUAUUUGUAUCACCCACUAGUGGCCUUAUCUCUCAAUAACUGAUAUCGAUGCAUUGAAUAAUUAACACUCCUGUAAUAAUCCUCCAUUACUUAACGAUUACUUUGUCGAGCAUUUUUUAUUGCAGUUGAAAAUUUGCUUACCACUAUAUCGUAAAGAUCCAAAGGAGACUUGUAAUUCUUAUAGACUUUUUCAAGAUUUUUCCACACUUUCGGAUACUAAGAGAAAAAACAAGAUUAUAAUAUUAAAAUAGCGUAAAGAGCGACCAAGAUCAAUCUAUGUAUGCAAUAGAUAGAGUUUCUUGGUCUAUACCCCGAGCUGCAUAGCUUUUUCAUAAUGAGAAAGAAAUACCUUCGGUAGUUCUCGACUAAUGUAUUGCGUAUAAAAGUACCUCUAAACCUCCCAGUUGUUGAAAUUACCAUUCCAGAUGAAGCGUUUUUGUUUUACAUAACUCGAAAGAUAAUUAAACGAUAAAUAAACUUGACGGAAUAAUAAUGAAUGAAAAAACUGUGGAGCGAAAAAAGAAAAUUGAUUGAAAAAGACGCAGGCGCAAAAUUCAGGUACUUUUUAGCGCGCGAAGACAAGUGUGACAAAAGAUUUAUAUAAAUAUAUAUAUACGAUUUCGUAGCUAGCAAAAGAUUUAAGUUAUUUUAAAAGAAAAAUAUUUACAACUAGUCACACGGUUUCGUGGAGACAGGGCUUAGCGAGUGCACACACGUACACGACACGAACAGCAAAAAACACGACAUUGCGAUUGUAGCCAUUCGAGAUAAAGACCUUGUGUAACAAAUGAAAGAGCGAGUAAAGAUGAAUGAAAGAUUAAAAGAAAUAAGAUUCAACUUGUUGAACUUUCGUCUGCUAUUGCUAUUAUUUUAUAGACCUUAUUAUGUACACAUUGUAUUUACGCCUGCCGACUGAAAGGGAUGAAUUUUGAUUUCUUAUCAUUACUAUUAUCAUUACUCUUAUUACCGCUGAUUUUGUUGAAAUAAACACUGUCAUGUAACAUGUCUAUAAA